GAUAUGUUGCUGCCAAUUGUCAUUAAUGUUAUCCAUUCCAAAAAGUCAUAUAUUACUAAACCUGUUGGGAAGAAUAAAAUUUUUAAUUAGUUGAAAAGAAGAUAUUUAUAUGUUGAAAAAAAUAAAAAUUACCAAUCAUUAGAAGACAUCCUAAUAACAUCCAAAGUUCCGAAAGUAUAACUAAAGAUUUUAUUGACUUAAAUAAAUGAAUAUCAUAGAAACAUUUGACAAAAAUUUGUUUCAAGUAUUGAAGAAUAUAUAGUAAACUAACUUAUUAAAAUACAAUGGGAUAAAUAUACUUAUUAUUUUUGAAGUGAAAAAAUUGACAAUCGGUCAAUUUUAAGAGUAAACAUGUGACAAAUUCUAUUUUUUUUCUACCGAUUUCUCAUUCAAUAGGAAAAAAUGGGUGAUAAAUUUUCAAGUAAAAUGAAACCAUAAAAAAAAUGGAAGGACGAACGAGUAAAUCACCAAUAAAUAUAGAUGACAAAAAGACAAAAUUGACAAAGUACCCGCCUUUAAUAAUGAAAGGCCACUGGAUCAAAGGAGGAGAAGCCAUGAUAGCAAACAAUGGGGAGACAGCUAUUAUUCAUCUAAUGGGAAAUCGACCAGGCUCGACUAUAACCGGUGGGCCUUUGACUGAUGAAUUUAAAUUUGUCAAUGUACAUUUCCACUGGGGAGAAUGCGACUGCGAUGGUUCUGAACACGAAAUCAAUGGAGCUUCGUAUUCCAUGGAAGCUCACGUAGUUCAUCGCAACAGUAAAUAUAAUAAAUUUAAUGACUGUUUGAGGUACAAGGACGGGCUUUGUGUACUUGUUUACUUUUUUUUGGUUACCAAGGACGCUUAUUUGAAAAGUAAUCCGUAUGUGGAAGAAAUAAUUGAACAUUUAAAGUUCAUACGGAAUCCUCAUACGAGUAUAAAUGUUCCAACGAAUAUUUUGUACUGGAUGCGAAAAGCAAUUUAUUGCUCAAAAUACUACACUUAUUCUGGUUCUUAUCACGUUAAAACCGACCCUGAGUGUGUUAUAUGGAUAGUGUUUCCGUUAUUUAUUCCCGUGACUUCGUACCAGGUGAACGAAUUUCGAAAACUUAAAAAUGAAAACCAAGAAGAAAUAAUUGACAAUUGUCAUAAAAUAAACACUCUAAAUACCAGCCAAGUAUUUACUGUCCUCAAUGAAUAAGACAAAACUUAUAAUUCAUUAUUAGACGAAAAAAAAAAAAAAAAAAAAAAAAAAAGGUGUAAUUAUAAAAAUUUAUUUAAAUUUAUUCUCAAAGUGAAAGCACUAUUUUUACAAGUUUUUAACAUGCUAUGUUCACCUUUGCUUGUAUAUUUCGAAUGUACUUUCCACGGAUAAUCCUUAACGAGUUCAGUUAGUUUUAUUUUAACAUUUACACGCAUUAUACGGUAGUUAAAUUAUUAAAAUUCUUCACUCUGUAUUCACCUGAUGUUUGCUAAAAAAUUUAACUGCCUAAAAAAUCUUGAGUUGGUAAGUAGCGGAUGUAAGAAUUGUUUUUAUGAUUAAAGUUGUUAUAAAAAAAAAAAAAAAAAAA